AUGGAAAUUGAUGAUGACACAUACUCAGGCAGGAACCUCGUUAAACAAGAUUUUCACAGAAGCAACCGGCCCUCCAAAUGUGUCACUGUGUGUCUUGGAUUGCUGUGUGUUGUGUUGUUGGCUGGUAACGUAGGACAAGUUAUCUUCUACAUGCUUUGUCCGAACAACUGGAGGAAAUUUGAGACAAGUUGUUAUUUUGUUUCAACCACUGAGAAAAACUGGGCGGAAAGCCGAAAAGCCUGCAUCGCUGUGGGAGCAGAUCUGGUCAGCAUCGAAAGCAGACAGGAACAGGUCUUUGUUAAUGGGAUACUGAACGCAGGCCAACAGGUUUGGAUUGGUCUUACUGACAGUUAUACAGAAGGGGUCUGGAAGUGGGUGGAUGGAACCUCAGUCACCACAACGUACUGGCAGCCUGGGCAGCCCAACAGCUAUGGUGGGGACCAGGACUGUGGAGAGUUUGUGCAGAAAUCAUCAUUGGGAGAAUGGAACGAUGAAGGCUGCUCACAUGACCAGGCCUGGAUCUGUGAGAAAUAAGACCACAGGACUUUACGGUGUUAACUAAAGGUGUGCUGGACUGUUGUUCAAGGACAAGCAGUAUUGACGCGUUUGUUACUGUCAGCUUACCCUGUAUAAACAAUGAACUGAUCCUACAAAACUAUCAAGUAUUAUUUAAAGCCUGUUGUCUCAUGCCUCGGUGCCCCAGAGCUCAUUUUUUCCAUCCAAAGAUGAUUCAGAACAUAUCAGUGAUGUUGCACUAGCUGACAUUUUCCUUCAGUACAAUAAACAAAGAGACUGUAGUUCAUUUUGAGUCCCACAUACAUUGCCCAGCCAAAAAAAAAGUCACACACUGAUAUUUUGUUGGACUGCUUUUAGCUUUGAGUAUGGCACUCA